GGAAAUAUGUGUGUCAUCUCGCGAGAGGGGGGCGGGGCUAGGACGGCGUAUAAAGACGCUCCCCCAAGCACGUGACUCCUUUCCGCCCGACUGUUGCCGCCAUCAUGGACACGAGUCGUGUGCAGCCUAUCAAGCUAGCCCGGGUCACCAAGGUGCUGGGCAGGACCGGUUCCCAGGGACAGUGCACGCAGGUCCGCGUGGAGUUCAUGGACGACACGAGCCGCUCCAUCAUCCGAAACGUGAAAGGCCCUGUGCGCGAGGGCGACGUGCUCACCCUGCUGGAGUCGGAGCGAGAGGCUCGGAGGCUGCGCUGAACUGGUGCCUGGGUCCUGGCUGGCUGGGUGAACCACAUAGCCCAUGGGGAAGAUGCUCCGCUGUUAAUAAAGCGUUUAUGUAAAUUCGG